AUUAUUUACGAAGAACAGUUAAACCGGGCCUGUUUAAUAAAAUAGAGGAAUAAGAGAAUAUUCCUCCGUAGAUGCUCUCACCCUCUCCUAUAAAAGGGAGGGUUGCCCUAAUUGUUGAGGGAGGCCAUUUUUUCACUCCUCUCCCUGCCCACUUUUCUCUCUCUGUCUACAAAGUUCUUAGAGUAUAUAUUUUUCUUCUUCUUCAAGAGCUCAAAAGCUCCAUUAAUGGCUUCCUAGCCUAAAUUAUGCACCGUGUACACACCCCCGAUAUUAAUAAAAAUCCCCCGUUGGCAAGGUACCGCCAAAAAAAGCCCGUGGUUUUCUCCCGAUUUGGGUUUCCACGUCAAAAUCCCCGUGUUUAUAUUUUGGUGUAUUUUUAGACUAGUUUAUCGUUUUAGUCGGGCUAAAAACGGUAUACCGGUCGAUAAUUUACACCAUCAUUUUGGCGCCGACCGUGGGACCCGAACAAAAAGCUCCAUUUUUGUUCGGCCAUCUUGCACAACCUAAAGAGUCAUAGUUGCAAAAAAAAGUAAAGGGAGACAGGCUUUGGAGUGUCAAAAAGAAAGAAGCUAGAAAGAGGGAGAAAUUGCUAAAUUAUUGCUUUUGGAACACUGAACAUGUGUUUUGGUUCUGGAGGUUUGCAAAAAAAAAGAGGCUAAAGAAAGAAAAGCUUAGCAAUUGAAGCCAAUGCGGUUGGAGUGGGCUAGAGUUGCUGCCCCCAUAAGAUCUCCCAGAAGUCGCCGCAACCUUCUCUCUCACAACUGGCGUAUAUCGCUGAAGCUGACCUAGUCUCUCACCACCGCCGGAGCUAAGCGACCAUUACCUUUCCAAUUGGUUUUACAUUUGUCUGGGCCGAACUCUUUCCAGAUCUAGGACUGCAAAUCUACAAUAAUGAGGAGGAAAUUGGCCGAGAUUCCAUCUCUGUUCACGGCCGGCCAAGUUGAAAUCAAGGAAAUCCUUCUACGGCCACGGACGUCGCGACGUCGGAGUGGCUGCAACCCUUGCUGCUGCCUCUUCAACUGCUUCCUCAACUGCAUCUGCCAAAUCUAAGGCACCGCCGACCCGGAACGAUUCCGUGCCGUCAUCUCCGCUUACUACCGCGGCGCCUUCGACGCCCUCGUCAUCUAUGUCGUCCACUCUUUGUGCUGAGAUGUUCUCGCCGCUGCCCAAUUUCGCAGCCGUUGUUGCCGAGACUGGAUGGAAAAGUUGUCGGUCAUCUCCGGACUAACUCACCAUUGCUCCCACAUAUGGUUAGAGUUUCCAUACGGCUAAAAACUGCAAGGGAGCUAAUGAGUGACCACCAAAUUGCCGGAGUGGUUACCGCGGCUAAAGCUCUGGACUAAGCAACCUGUGACCAUCAUUGAAAUUGAAAUCUACCACUGCCCCUAUAAAACCAGCCGCCAUGUGCCGAUGAGUGAUCAUCUCAAUUACGCCGCUGAAGCCCUCCAUCACAAGCAACCGAAUUCCGUCGCAAAGUGGCGGCGGCCAAAUUCCAAUUAAAGUGAUGGUAAUGAAUUACAACAUUGAUGCCACUACGGGGAUGUGCCACCAUCACAUCUACACUUUCACUGCCAACACAUGCGGAGCCAAAGAGGUACAUGCCAAUGAAGAAUUGAAGAUUUGACAGAGUAAAGAUAGGCACCACGUGAAGAAUACAAUGAGCAAAGUCGUGGAUGGUGGGGUCCAUUCCCACUACAUUUUGAAAUACUCCAAUUGGAAAAAUCAAGGAAAUGUGUCCAUGUGAUGAGGCUCACGAGUCAUGGGCAGCAAGAAUAGGAAGCGGGACCAUUUAUGAUUCUUCCAAGCAUUAUAUAUACCUCUACAAUAUACAAAAACAAGUCACUCCAUGGCGAAAGGAAGAAUCCAAGAAGACUCACUUAUUCUCACGGCCCAUCAAUUAAUCAUUUUGGUGGGAGAGGUGCAUUGAAUAUUGCCGAGGAGGAAAUAAGUUCCCCACUUAUUCCUCAUUCGGGUCUACCACCAACAAUUGGUGGAAUGAGUUAGCAUUAUGGAGCAAUAAUUUGGGUAUUUGUACAUACCAUUUGGAAGAAUUCGGAGGGAAGACUGAGACACAAGCCGAGCUUGGUACGCUGGUUACAACACCGGUCUUGCUCAGUAUUAAAAAAAAGAGGAAGACUGAGACACAGGCCCGGCCUGGCACGCUGGUUACUACACCGGUCUUGCUCAGUAUAAUAAAAAAUAUUAAAAUAUGUGACACAGGCCCGGCCUGGCACGCUGGUAAAUAUCAUUCUUGUGCGCGAGACAGGCCAAGAAUGAUAUACACACCGGUCUUGCACAUAUUUUCUCGUAAGNUUCGGAGGGAAGACUGAGACACAAGCCGAGCUUGGUACGCUGGUUACAACACCGGUCUUGCUCAGUAUUAAAAAAAAGAGGAAGACUGAGACACAGGCCCGGCCUGGCACGCUGGUUACUACACCGGUCUUGCUCAGUAUAAUAAAAAAUAUUAAAAUAUGUGACACAGGCCCGGCCUGGCACGCUGGUAAAUAUCAUUCUUGUGCGCGAGACAGGCCAAGAAUGAUAUACACACCGGUCUUGCACAUAUUUUCUCGUAAGUGUGACCCCAAUCGAAUUGGGUACACCGGUGGCUCAGCUGAGCCCUUAUCGGGGACGCCCGAUUCUUCAAGCCUUUUGAACAAAGCACUCCGAAAGUGGUCUCUGCAUGACAUGAAGAUAUUUGUAUCAGUUAGCCGGGCUAGCAUCGAUCUUCGACAAAGUUGCUGCAACAUACUUAAUUCGUAUUAAGUAACAUCGAUUACUUCGAUAUACUAAUUUCGCUAUGUAUCGUUUACUUAAUCCGUACUGACAUCGGUCUCGACGAAAUAACUACUUGAAGCACCGCCGCUUCAUCGUACUAACUCCGGUGUCGUAUAACUACUCGAAGCAUCGUUGCUUUAUCGAACUGACAUCGCUCUUGUUACGAUAAUUAUUCUCGCGAAUUUUAACCACCCUAACACCGAGCUCCUCGGUAAAAAUAAUAAUUUUUUGAGCACGGCAUAGGCCGGUCGGUCAAAAAAAAAUGUUGUACAAAUUAUUUUUUGCAGGAAAAAACUUAUGAUGCAAGAAAUUAGAGAAUUAAUGAAGACUCGGAGGACUAGCAAUAAUAUCUACCGGUCAAGAAUUCAAGGUACGAAGACUGAAGAUCACACUCGGAGGACUUGUUUACUUUUUUAAGUUGAUGAUUCUCACAACUCAAAAAAGUGGAGGACUACUUGAUGGGAAAUAAUACGUGGCUCGGCCCACAUUUCCCAAUUAUUUACGAAGAACAGUUAAACCGGACCUGUUUAAUAAAAUAGAGGAAUAAGAGAAUAUUCCUCCGUAGAUGCUCUCACCCUCUCCUAUAAAAGGGAGGGUUGCCCUAAUUGUUGAGGGAGGCCAUUUUUUCACUCCUCCCUGCCCACUUUUCUCUCUCUGUCUACAAAGUUCUUAGAGUAUAUAUUUUUCUUCUUCAAGAGCUCAAAAGCUCCAUUAAUGGCUUCCUAGCCUAAAUUAUGUACCGUGUACACACUCCCGAUAUUAAUAAAAAUCCCCCGUUGGCAAGGUACCGCCAAAAAAGGCCCGUGGUUUUCUCCCGAUUUGGGUUUCCACGUUAAAAUCCCCGUGUUUAUAUUUUGGUGUAUUUUUAGACUAGUUUAUCGUUUUAGCCGGGCUAAAAACGGUA